CCUCCUUUUAGGCGCUCUGUCGAGCUUUUCCAUCCGAGUGGAAAGCUGGGAUGAGAGUUUUAAUAAUGGCGUGGACACAGCGGGGAGCAGCUGCUCUUUACUCCCCGUCCGGUGCCGGCCAGAAACCUGCGAGCGUCGAAAAACGGAUUUUACUGGAGCUUUGAGAGCAUUUUUACGGAUUUUAUUAUGUUACCUCACUGAAAGUAAAUCUCCGCUGAGAGCCUCAAACUGUGAAACUACCUGCUGCUUGUCGCUGGAAGCGCUUUGUCAUGUCGUUACUGUGUGUCAGAGUGAAAAAAGCCAAACUUCAAGGAGCACCAGAGAAGUUCAACACCUACGUGACGCUGAAGGUCCAGAAUGUUAAAAGCACAACCAUCACGGUGCGCGGCGACCUGCCCUGCUGGGAGCAGGACUUCAUGUUUGAGAUCAACCGGCUGGACCUGGGACUCAUUGUGGAGGUGUGGAACAAAGGCCUCAUCUGGGACACCAUGGUGGGAACGGCCUGGAUCCCCCUGAAGAACAUCCGCCAGUCUGAGGAGGAAGGUUCAGGCGAGUGGAUCUUCCUGGACGCUGAGGUUCUGAUGAAGGCUGACGAGAUUUAUGGCACCAAGAACCCGACGCCUCACCGAGUUCUGCUGGACACGCGCUUCGAGCUGCCGUUCGAUAUCCCAGAAGAAGAAGCCCAGUAUUGGACAGGGAAGCUGGAGCGAAUCAACAUGGGAAUCCAUGAUGAGUUUCCUCUUCCAGAUGAGGACCAGAGGGCUCCGCUGCAGUGUGCACCCUCCCAGUGUUGCAACUAUUUCGGCUGGCCUGACCCACUGACUUUGGACGACCAGGACAGCGCCGUAGACGACCGGGACAGCGACUACCGCAGCGAGACCAGCAACAGUUUGCCGCCUCGGUACCACACCACGGCCCAGCCCAACUCGUCCGUGCACCAGUUCCCCAUGGGGCCCCGCGGCGCCCAGCUGCAGCAGCCAGACUGCUGCACCGACUCGGUCCACAGCUUGGACCUGGACUACCGGGACCAGAGGGGAAGCAGAUCUUUAAACCAGAAGGGAAGAGUUAGAAUAAUACCUGUAGAUUCAGGCAUGGGGUUUGAAGAGUGGGAAAACAAAUACAAAGGACGACCAAAGCCUCAGCUGAGCGACUUCUUGGAUGACGAGGAAGACACCGUAAUCUUUCGAAUGGGAAGACCUUAUCCAGAGCCGACGAGAACAACAGUCAGCCAACCUCAUAGCAGUUUUGGGGCUGCAACUUACCCUGAAAGCUACGACACCAUCGACCGAAGAAGAAAGAAAAGAAUAACAGACCCUGGAGCGCUUCUCCAUAAGCAGGCAGAAGAUACGUCUCCCGUUCGUCUUGCAAAGCUUCCGGAGAAAAGAGGGGAGCCGUUCCUGCGACAGGUAGCAGAGAUGCAGGAGGAAGAGGAGCGGUUCAUGACUUCAUCGUGCCUCAGGCCGUACAAAGAUGGGCUUCUCUACAAAACAAGGAUGUGGGCAAAAAAUGACCUGGAUAACACUUUGGAGAACUACGUAGCAUAUAAAAAAGGGUGUGAUCCUCGACCGAGAGCGCGGUUUGACUUUGAAUUUGACUGCGGGGAUGCUGCGUACCCCCCAGCUGUCAAUAAACAUACUAAUGACUUUAUGGCUGGAGACUUUUAUGAGCAGCAUCACAAGGAGCGGCAUCCCAAUGAGGGCUACAUGGAGUAUCCCCAGGGUCUCCGUGAAAAGAAGUGUGGCAGAACUGGAGGAUGGGUUUCUGAGGCGAUACUUUCCCCUGUAGAGGAGCCGAUUGACGAAUAUGUUGACCCGAUGGAUGAGUUGCAGUGUCUUGUUGAAACGGUCUCUGAAUAUCUCGCUGAAAAAGAGGAGGAAAUUAGUAAAUAUGGUUCCCUUCCCAAAUCAAGCAAGUCGAGGCUAUCGUCUCUGGGUAGCAACCGGACAGAUUCAUUCGGAGAAGAUCAGAGUAUUUCAAAGGACUGUAAAGGAGAAGCUGAUUCUGAUCAGGGUAUUUCAGGUGUGAAGAAUGCAAUGAGUUCAUUGUUUUGCUCCAUCACUGACAAAGUUGGAGGAGGAAUCAAACAGCCUGCACCGGCUCCACAACCUGCACAGUCUGGCAUAACGCGGCUUCUAUCCUUUAUUCCCACAAAGGCAAACAGCACGGCUCCGGUAGCAGUCAUAUCUCCGGUAGAAACCUCUCCCAACAAGUCCUUCAGUUCUCUGCCUCAGAACAAAACGCGAGUCCCACAGGAAACAGGAAGUGCUACUCAAACUGUACGAGAACAUUCACCCAACAUUCUGACUCAACCGCAAACUACAACAGGAAACUCAGUUAUGGAAAAACUGAAUCCUUUAAAGCUUUUCUCAGGAGGUGAAGUUCAAAGUUCUACUGAAUCCAAGCAAGAGUUUGAGUCUAAAUAUUCACAAGCAAAGAUCCAGUCUGACGGAAAGUGGGAUGUUAAAGCCGUUCAUCAAGGUAAACAGUCAAUGACGGACACUGGUGCUAUGAAAUCAGUGAGGUUAGGGAGUUCAGUUCAUGACAACUAUUUGGUGCAAAAUCAUGACAAGAAUUUACACUGGAAACAAAAUCCAAAUAUUUAUCAGCAAAAUUUAAAUCCUCCAGAGCCUCAGAAGUCUACUGACCAAACUGCAAACACAGGAUUUUUUAGCCCUUUCAAGAAAUCAUUGAGUUCACUGAUUACACCAGUCGUUCCUGGUCCACCUCCAAAUGCUCCUCCUGUGGCGGUUUAUCCAGUGUUUCGAUCUAACGAGAAUCCACAACCACAGAAACCGGUGGGGAACCAGCCACUAAGUAGCAAGCCAAAAUUGCCUUUUGUCCCCUCAGAAAAUGUUCCUACUCAGCAGUGUCCAAAACCAGAAGGAGGUGUGCUCUCUGGUUUUUUGAGAUUUUCGUCCACUGAAGACGCUGGUGCCUCUAUGAAAACACAGAAUUACCCACAAGAAUAUCACGAUACAGCUUCAUCCUACGCCACUUCCACCGUCCAACAGGAAAACACAGACAAAGGAUGGUUUUCCAGCAUGUUUAACCCCUCGCCCAGUCCUACUGGUCCAAACCAGAAGACUAAUGUUCAUCCUCAGAGCAGCAGAGUGCCAACUGACCGACAACAUACCUCAAAUCAGAAGCCAACAAGAACGCCACAAAACCCUAAUCAGCCUGGAUCUCAGCUUUUUAUCACAACUCCUUUGAGAGGCAGCUCAGACGAAGACAUUUCUCAGAUGGGCUCUAGUCAACCCAAACAAGGACUGCUAUCUGGACUACUUAAUCUUGGUUCUAGUAGUGACUUGUCUGGAAAUCCAUCACCAAAAGGCAAUAUUCCCUCACACUCUAGCUCCCAACAAAGUUUCACCACUCCCCAAAAAGGUGGCCUUCUCUCAGGACUAUUGAAGUUUUCAUCGACAGAAAAUAUACCACAAAACGUACAGCAGCAGCUGCCUGAGGCUGAGAGGCAAAGGGAAAUGUGCAGCAGUAGCCCUGGACAGCAGCAGACAUUGGGCGAAACUCGGCAAGUACCACCUCAACAGAGAGGCUUGCUUUCUGGCUUACUAAAAUUUACCUCCACUGACAGUAAUUCAAAUUCUCAAACAAUUCCUCAAUCUGGCAGUGAUCAACAUCAGCAAGCCAGCAGUGUGCAGGAAACUCAAGGACUAAGUGGAGGUAUGAGGAACGGAACAAUGAGCCAGCAAGAAGUACAAGAAACCUCUAAACCAGGUUUCAUUCGACAACAAACCGUUCCACCUCAGCAACCUUCGCAACAAGGUGGUCUUUUAUCUGGUCUUUUCAAAUUUUCUUCAGCUGACAGCAUACAUAAACAAAGCCAACCAUCAGCACAGCAGCAUGGGAUUUCCUCAAGUAAAUCAAGUCACGAGCAGCCAAGACAAAGCAAUUUCCCAAUUUCUAACCAAAAUCAGUCUCAAAGUAGCACAACCCAAACAGCUCAAGGAACUGGACUGUUUUCUGGACUAUUUAAAUCCUCUUCAGAAAAUGUGACUCAGCAACAGCCACACAAAAGCCCCCAUGAGAUUACAGUAAAUCAACAAGUCAAAGUGCCUUGUAGCCAGCCUUGCCCAACACAGACAGAGAUGGCAAGUCAACCGGGAGUGCUUUCUGGGUUGUUCAACAAGUUAACGAAAACACCUGACAGUACAGACCUGACCUGUCAGAAAUCAGCAGAAAAAUCAAUACAAGAAAGGGACAUUGUUUCUACAAUCACAAAGACAACUCUACACCAAGACCAGGCCCUUCAUUCCCUUGCCAAUUUAAAACAGCAGCCCUUACAAGGACAUGUAGAUAAAGAUAAAAUGAUUCAUGGUGCUGAUCAGCAAGGUUUUUUGUCAGGGUUGUUUAGCAAAAGUGCAACUGAAAGCUCUUGUUUCAAGGAAGCAAAGAUGGGAGGUCAGGAUGCAGAGCAAUCAACACAGUGUGCCAAGACGACGGGAUUAUCUUCAGAUUUGAUAAAAAGUAGUACCACAGGUUUUGCAAAUGAGAGGGUGGAAAGAUCUGCUCCAAUUUGUCUGACUCCAGGACAGAGUAAGCAUGCUUUAAUUAGCACAUCUGUGGCCAUUCACAAUGAGAGUCUGGACCUGAGAACUUCAGCUGCUUUUGCAAGAUCUCUUCAAAGUCAGGCAACGCACUAUUCAUUUAGCACAGGUAAUCUAUCUCAGCUACACUUCUCUCAUUCUCUUCCUUCAAAUAACCCAAUGGCUUACAGCACAGGGAAUAUUCACUCCCAUUUUGAGAGCUGUACUACUUCUCCAGUCAUGACCCUGGAGUCUUUUAAAGGUGGAAGUGUUCCCUCUUUGUUUGGGAUGACAAAUCAGAACCUUUACCAAGGUAAUUUGUCUGAGUAUGGGAUUAGUCCGUCAUACGAUGAAAACCAGUGGAUCCGUGAAAGUGCUCUUUGGCAGCAGUUUCAGAAUGAGUCUUUAAGCUACAACUUUCAAGGAGAAGAUCAAAGGUACACACAAAACUGUGAAGGCAUGCCAUUACCGUCAUCUACGCGUCACUGCAGCUAUUCAAAUAUUAAUCACCCAGUGAAUGACAUUCUUUGGCAAGAUGUUGCACAUCAUGAGAAACAAAUGGUAUCACAUUCAUUUGAAGGACCAGGAAAUGAAUACCCCCAAAGAAAGUCAUGGAACAGUUAUGAAGACUUAGGAAAUGUUGAAUGUUCAUCUAAUAAAGAAGCUGCUCUGAACUUAACAACUAACCACAGUAAUGCAAAAUUUGGGAAAUGGCAUUCGUUUAAUGAUGGCAGUUCUUACAGCUUGAAUGGAGUCUUGUAUCAUGAAGGCUACUAUGAGGAGAACGCACCAAGCUUGUCUUACUCAGCAAACUGGCAACAUGCAAUGGAAAGGGAAAAUGCACAAAAUGCUCACACAAACUAUUUAAGUCAAUAUAGUCAAUUUAACUCGAAUAGAAACUGUUCAGCAGGUGCUAAUGUUGAAACAGAAGACUCGCUGUACCUUGAAGACGCUGAAUGGUAUCAGCAGUGGCUUUCCCUUCUGGAGCAAGGGAUGUGGUGGCCAGCAGAGGACGGCGACUGUGGGUACUUUGUUUAUACAGACCAUGAGUAUAUUUACGCCUUACUUACAGAUGCAGCAGGUGAAUAUGUGUAUGCAUGUACACCUGAAGGUGAAUCAUGGGGCAACGGACAGACUUUAGAUAGUCUACCCAGUGCUUGGCUACACAAUGAAAUGGUCCUGGUCUGUGGUUUUAAAAUUCCACUUUACAAUGAGGAUGAGCUUCUUUGGCUUCCUGGUGAAAGUCAUGGCAAUCCUCAACUUCUCAAUGCUCCCCUGGAUUUAUCCGCUGCAUACAGAAAAGGAAACCAGAUCAUGAAUUUAAAUCUCCAGCAGUUCACUGAAAUGUUUGAAAAUUCAUUUAUGUCUCAAGGGCAGCAAGGCAUGGAUUUUGCAUCUUACAGAUUAAACAAAGUAAGAGUUGAUCCAAGACAAACUUCUUAUGGAUAUCAAGAUUACUACCAAGAUAUUAUUGAUCUCUCAUGCCAUCAAAGAGACCACACCAGCCUGCAUUGGAACAACCAUGAAGUAAAGAAAUUGCUUGCUCAGAAAGUUUCUGUUUCUCUAAACUCUAUUCCUGUUGAGAAUUUAAAUCAUCAGAUCCUUAACAAAUGCUAUCAACCUAGCCAACGGCGGCGUUCUUCUACUGCUGUUACAGUGAAACAUGUAGAGGAUGUUUCAGAGGAUGAAUGGAGAAAACGGGUGUCUCAAGCUGAAGAAUUUCCCAAUCGGCAGGUCAAAAAGAUUUCUUCCCUGAUAUCAUCUUUUGUUACCAAACCAUCCCAAGUGGAGGUGAAAAAACCUGGGGAGACGUCCUCUGAUCAAGCUAGUCUGAAACAAACUAAGGACAUUCUGUCAUCAGGCCUCCAAAAUCUUAAGUCUAAGAUUAUCAAAGAAGACUCUUCUGCUGCUGUUGCCCCUUCAGAAAGUAAUAAACAACAAACUUCGCAGGGUAGAAUUUUACCAACGGUUCCCUCAGUUGCUCAAGUCACCCAGCCCUCAACACUUUCAAGUACGACUUCACAUAAACCACGACUUUCACGCCAGACUACGAUGGUACAGCAAGCAUCCCCACCAGCAACAAAACCCAAUGUUACUGCACCCAUUGCAUCAAAAGAAUCUAUUAUUAAACCAGCACAACCUACGCCUGCAACUGACAAGACAGUUGAUACAAAAGUUGAAAAGCCACCUGAACAACCACAGGGAGGCUUUAUGGGUUUUCUCAAGUCUGCUGUAGGCAUGGAUGAAAUCAAACCAGAUAUCCAGACAUCUUCUCAACCAUCUCCUAAUCUUCAAAGCAAGACCGGGAGCACUACUUCCUUAACAGGCAGUGCUGCUGGAAAUAAAGAGAGUACAGGUGUGUCAAAUCUCUUUGGUUCAAUUGGCAGCUUGUUUAGUACUGAGCCCUCACCACCUCCACCACAAAAACAGCAAAUGAAACAGAGUGUUACAGAGGGUUCACUUUCAUCUACGUCUAAAUCAAAAGGUGAAGUAAGACAACAAACAGGUGACCAGUCUGGUCCAACACAGAGCCAGACACCAGGUAGAAGUAUGUCUGAGGUUUUCUCUUCUAAUUUACCCAAAGGUGUUGAAACUAGCAAGUCACCAAUUACAGGGCAAACAAAACAGGAGGUAGGAAAUAAACCAUCUGGACCAUCUAGUGGACUUUUUGGAUUGUCCAUCGGCGAUGUGCUGGUUGGAUCAACACCACAGACAACUGCACAAGCUAGUGCUCCACAGGAAGAAUCAUUUAGUAAAAGUAUUUUUUCAAUGUUUACGGGGCCAAGUCCUCAACAGGCUGCUCCUAAACCAGAACCCACACCUCAAACACAUCCACCAAGUGCAGCUCAACAACCUCCUCAACAAGAAACAUUUGGUAAAAGUCUUUUAUCAAUGUUUGGAGGAUCAACAACCCCUCAACCCCCUAGCCACAUGAAGCCGAACACUGAAUCUUCACAAAAGUCUACUGUUCCUCCAAAAGAUCCUCCAUCCUCAGGAUUUAUGUCAAUGUUUGGUGGGCCCAGCACCCAACAAUCUCAACCUCAAACAGAAUCUUUUCUCGGGGGACUUUUACAGGGGUCAUCAAGUUCAUCGGAACGGACAGUGAAAGGACUGUUUUCAGUGUUCAGUGAUGCCGGCCCUCAACAACCUCAGCCACCGACCACGCCAUCUCACCAAGCAGCUCCUCAGUCACAAACACAGCAACGGCAGGAGCCUCAGGCACAGUCUACACCAAAAGUACAACCUCAACCACAAGAGCCGACUGCUGCUUCUGUUCUCGGAGGUCUGCUAGGUGGAUUAUCUGGCUCCACUGAAAGUCCACGAAAAAAUUUGUUUUCCAUGUUUAGUGGCCCAACAAAUUCUCAAACACCAAAUAUUCCCUCUACACCAGCAACUGUGUCACCACAACAACAAACUCCCAACUCAUCAAUUGGUUCCAAAGAACCCCAACAACAAAAAUUAUCACAAAAACCUGAUUCCAGUAGCCAUUGUCAAGAGAUGAGCCAUUCAGAGACUGGCGCUGCCAGUGUUUCAGGUGAAUUGCAUUCUGGCAUGCCAGGUGACAUUGCUUUGAGUACCACAGUGUCCAAUAAAGAAGAGGCCACAAUUGCAGACAUGGAAGUUUCAUCUGACAAACCUAAAUCAGAGGCUACUGGAAUGCCUAAGGAAACCAGUGCAGCAACGGCACCCCAGGAUGCUGGUACUACUAAAGAAUCAUCAGCUCCUGGUUUGCUUUCGAUGCUCACUGGAUCAGGCCCACAUCCUCAACCUUCUGGAGGAUUUAGCUCAGAAGGUCCAGGUAAAGGGUUGGUUUCUUUAUUUUCUACACCAAGUCCUGAGGCUGCCAGCAGCCAGACAGGACCUUUGCCUCCAGGAUCUUUACCAGCAUCUUCAGGCUCCAAAGAGCCACCAGGCAAAGGUUUGUUCUCCAUGUUUGGAGGUUCUGCUCCUGAGCCUUCCUCCCAGCCUGGAGGUUCAUUGUUAGGGGCAAUGUUUGGAGGGUCCUCAUCUCAAACUACCACGUCUCAGACUGGAGGAUCAUUACUUGGCGGUUUAUUUGGAAGCUCUCCAUCUCCACCUGUGUCUCAGGUUGGUCCUACAAAGACUGGAGGGUCUAUUCCUCAGACUGCAGGAUCACAGACAGGGCCAUCAUUACUUGGAGGCUUAUUUGGUGGAUCUGGUCCUCAGGUUGCUGGAUCUCAAACAUCUAUUUUGGGUGGGAUUUUUGGAGGCACAGCACCCUCACCUACAGUGCCUCAGACAAGUUCAACAACUCAAAACAAAAGCUCUCUACUGGGAGGGAUUUUAGAUGGAUCAUCUUCCCAAACUGCUACAGCACAAACUGGUACAUCUUUUCUUGGUGGUAUUUUACCAAGCGUUGGUGCUAAUGAUGCCUCUAGUAAAGGUGUGUUUUCAGCAUUUAGUGGGUCUGGUCAAACUACAGCACCUACAGAAAUGGAUAAAAACAGUUCUGACAACAAAACAUCUACUGCUGUUGAAACGGGUUUAAUUGAUUCUGCUGCCCAAAGCACUGAGCAGAAGGAAACACAGCAGCAACCUGAGGAUAAAGGUCCUUGUCUUGAGGUCAGUGCAUCAACAACUGAUGCCAAUAUCACAGAUAAUUGCCCAAGCACUGAACAAUCAGCAUCUUUAACUGAAGAUAGUCAGUCUAAAGAAGUAGAAUCCUGCACACAACCACAAUCUGAACUCAAAAUUAGUGCAGCUCAAGAUCUAGCAACUCCUAAAGUAGAAGAGGAAAAAGUGGAUCCUUCGACAGUUAGUGCUGCAGUUGAGACACAGCAAAAACCUCCAGAACCAGACAAGUCUUCCAUUGAUUCAGCAGCAGAUGCUGUUACUGGCUUUAUGUCUUCUCUGUUCAAACCUGCAUCUGCUCCUACCGAAGGCUCUCAACCAACCCAACAGCAGAAGAACUUGCCUUUUGGACAAGCUCCUACAGGUCAGACUGGGGCAUCACUGUUGGGAGGACUUUUUGGAGGGUCUAAUACUCAAUCACCAACUCCCCAAACAGGUGGAUCUUUACUAGGAGGCUUAUUCAAAGGAGCUACUCCACAGUCUGGUCCUCAGACCACAGCACCUGUCACUGGGGGGUCAAUAUUAGGUGACAUGUUUGGAAGAGGAUCCACUGCCAAAUCAUCAGCUGCCUCGAGUGGUGUAUCACGUCUGGGCGGGAUGUUUGGAGGUGCAGGGGCAGGAGCGACUUCACAGCCAGGCGGUUCUCUGCUUGGAGGAAUGUUUAGUGGCCCCACGGGGCAGGCUGCAGGACCACAAGCUGGAGCAUCAUUACUGGGAGGCAUCGGUGGAUCUCUGUUUGGUGGUUUAAGACAACCGCCUAAACCCCCUGAACCAGUGCCAGCUAAGCCGAGGUUGGCUACUCCUGCUGCUCCUGCUGCUGCUGCUGUUGUCACUACUGCUGCAACUCCUUCUACUGCUGCCAUUACUACUACUGCUACUACUGCAACUGAUCAUACUGCUAUAGGUUAUACUACUGCAGAAAAUGUCAGUCUUGCUGCCACUACCACUACUACCAGUACUGCUACGACUGCCAGUAGUGAUGCAACAGUUGCUAGUACCUCUACCACUCUUGUAACUUCUACCACAGCAACUUCAAAACCAGGUUCACAGUUUGAAAAUGAAAAUGUCUCACCAGAAGUAACUCUGCCUAUUUGUGAGAGUACAAAUGAGAAAAUAGAUCAAACUGAAGAAACGAACAGUAGCAGUAAUGGACAGGCAUCUGGUGCAUCUUGUCCAAAUGUUUCUGAAGUGAGUGAGUCAAAAGAUACUUCAAAAGAACUUACUAGUCAGGCAGAAAAGACUGAGCAAGAAAUGACAACUGCAGAUAGACAAGUGAUACAUGGGAAACCAAUGUUCAUUGAAGAAAAACCCAACACUAAUGAAAAUGUCAAGUCAGUUCUUCCUCAGUUGGAUGUUAGAAAAGCUACACCAACUGAUCAGCCUUCCAGUGGUGCUGAACAGCCUCAAACUAAGUCUUUCUUGGGUUUUAUAUCUGCGCAGAGUGACGCAGGAAAAUCCCUGGGGUCGUUAUUUUCACCUGCUAUGCCAUCGGUUGUUUCAGCAUCACCUCAAACAGAAGGAACCGGUGGUCUAUUGUCAGGACUGAAAUCCUUUUCUGGAACCUUGUUUCAAGAAGAAAAAAGGGUCACAGGGAAACAAGAGCCAACUACAUCAUUGUUUGGGGCGAAAAUUUGUUUUCCAUGGCAGGCAGAGCCACCAAAGUCUCCAACUUCCCAGGUUACAACAACACAACCCCAGUCUGUCAACAAGGCAGCAAGUGGUCAAACAAAUAGUGCACAAAAGGCUCCAACACCUGACCCCCAUAAAACCGAACUGGUAGGUUCUGCAGAUGACAUAGUAAACCCCCAGAUUUGCAUCUCCGCUCCUGAUGUAGAUCCUUCAGCAUCCCAGACCCUAACGGAGGAGAAGCUUGUAGAAACAGACCCCUCUGCAGGUUCUGCCGCAGGAGUGCAGCUGGACACCCAAUCCAAGAAGGAUCUAUUGAUUGAAAAAAGUCCGGUGGAAAGUAAUCGUUUCGGGUCGUCUGGGAACCUGAGCCAGGCUAGCUCGCAGCUAAGUGAGACCGGCCACGAGAGCACCGGCGGCUCCGAACUGGAAGAGUCUUUCCACUCCUACCACAGUACCGGCUUACACCCGUCCACCAGCGGCCAGCCGCGUCCCACCGGGCCUCCCACCAACGGACACUCGACUGGCAGCGAGAAGGACGUAGACAUUCAGUCCAAUGAAUUACUGCCGCGUUUAAAGAGCGACGCAUCAGAAAAAGACGCACCGAAACUCCCAAGAUUCCAUGAUGGAGGCCAGCCGUUGCCUUUCUCCCCGUCUAGAGUCCGUUGGCUGAAAGCCAUCAACAAAGUGAGGGUUCAGCUUCGGGAGGUCAGAGAUGUGGAGCCCAAUAGCAGACAGGCCUGGGUUAAACCAGGUGGUGGAUCUGGUCUGUAUGGAAUCGACAGCAUGCCAGACUUGCGUAAGAGGAAGCCCAUCCCCCUGGUCAGCGACGUGGCUAUGUCGCUUGUCCAAGCCAGGAAGGCAGGGAUCGCCUCUGCCAUGGCGGCACGGUCCUCAUUCAAGGACGAGGAGCUGAAAAACCACGUGUACAAGAAGACCCUGCAGGCGCUCAUCUACCCCAUUUCCUGCACGACGCCGCAUAACUUUGAGGUGUGGACGGCCACCACUCCCACUUACUGCUAUGAGUGUGAGGGGCUGCUGUGGGGAAUCGCCCGCCAAGGCAUGCGUUGCUCCGAGUGUGGCGUCAAGUGCCAUGAAAAGUGCCAAGAGCUGCUUAAUGCGGAUUGUUUACAACGUGCGGCAGAGAAAAGCUCCAAACAUGGAGCAGAGGACCGUACCCAGAAUAUCAUCAUGGCCAUGAAAGACAGGAUGAAGAUCAGAGAGAGGAACAAGCCAGAGAUCUUUGAGCUGAUCAGGGAGGUGUUCGUCGUCACCAAAGCCAUUCAUGCUCAGCAAAUGAAGACCAUCAAGCAGAGCGUGUUGGACGGGACGUCAAAGUGGUCGGCCAAGAUCACCAUCACAGUGGUUUGUGCGCAGGGACUUCAGGCGAAAGACAAGACCGGCUCCAGUGACCCGUAUGUGACCGUUCAGGUGGGGAAGACCAAGAAGAGAACCAAGACCAUUUAUGGCAACCUCAACCCAGUCUGGGAGGAAAAGUUCCACUUCGAGUGCCACAAUUCUUCAGAUCGCAUCAAAGUUCGCGUUUGGGACGAAGACGAUGACAUCAAGUCCAGAGUGAAGCAGCGUCUGAAGAGGGAGUCCGACGAUUUCCUGGGUCAGAGUAUCAUCGAAGUUCGAACGCUGAGCGGAGAAAUGGACGUCUGGUACAACCUGGAGAAGCGGACGGACAAGUCGGCCGUGUCGGGAGCCAUUCGCCUCCAAAUCAACGUGGAGAUCAAAGGAGAGGAGAAAGUGGCUCCGUACCACGUCCAGUACACCUGUCUGCAUGAGAACCUGUUCCACUUUUCUACCGAUGUUCUGGGUCAGGGCUCGGUCCGGAUCCCCGAGGCCAGAGGAGACGAUUCCUGGAAACUUUACUUUGACGACGUGGCACAGGAAAUAGUCGACGAGUUCGCAAUGCGCUACGGGAUCGAGGCCAUCUACCAGGCCAUGACACACUUUGCCUGCUUGUCCACUAAGUACAUGUGUCCUGGGGUUCCUGCCGUGAUGAGCAGCCUGCUGGCUAACAUCAAUGCUUUCUACGCCCACACCACCGCCUCCACCAAUGUGUCCGCCUCCGACCGUUUCGCCGCUUCCAACUUUGGGAAGGAACGUUUUAUCAAGCUUCUAGACCAGCUUCACAACUCCUUACGUAUUGAUCUCUCUACCUAUCGGAACCACUUUCCUGCCAGCAGCAAAGAUCGGCUGCAAGAUUUGAAAUCAACAGUUGAUCUUCUGACCAGCAUCACCUUCUUCAGGAUGAAGGUCCAGGAGUUACAGUCUCCGCCCAGAGCCAGUCAGGUGGUGAGGGACUGCGUUAAAGCCUGCCUCAACUCCACCUACGACUACAUCUUCAACAACUGCCACGAACUCUACAGCAGACAGUACCAGCCUGCAGACGCAAACAAGGAGGAGCUUCCCCUGGAGGAGCAGGGCCCCAGCAUCAAGAACCUGGACUUCUGGCCCAAACUCAUCAUGCUCAUCGUCUCCAUCAUAGAGGAGGACAGGAACUCCUACACGCCUGUGCUCAAUCAGUUUCCACAGGAACUGAGUGUAGGAAAAGUUUCAGCAGAAGUAAUGUGGACGUUGUUCGCUCAAGACAUGAAGUACGCUCUGGAAGAGCAUGAGAAGCACCGGCUGUGUAAAAGCACCGACUACAUGAACCUGCACUUUAAAGUCAAGUGGCUCUACAAUGAAUACGUCAAGGAGCUUCCGAUCUUCAAGGAUGUGGUUCCUGAAUAUCCAUCUUGGUUUGUGCAGUUCGUUCUGCAGUGGUUGGAUGAAAACGAGGAUGUUUCCAUGGAGUUCAUGAAUGGAGCGCUGGAGAGAGACAAGAAGGACGGAUUCCAGCAGACGUCUGAACACGCCCUGUUCUCCUGCUCCGUGGUGGACAUCUUCACCCAGCUCAACCAGAGCUUCGAGAUCAUCAAGAAACUGGAAUGUCCCGACCCCAGCGUCAUGGCUCACUACAGCCGCCGCUUCUCCAAGACAAUCGCCAAAGUUCUCCUGCAGUACAGCGCCAUCCUGACCAAGAGCUUUCCUUCUUAUAUUGACAAGGAGAAGAUUCCCUGUGUCCUCAUGAAUAACGUGCAGCAGCUGAGAAUCCAGCUGGAGAAAAUGUUUGAAUCAAUGGGGGCCAAACAGAUGGACACGGAGGCCAGCGACCUGCUGAACGACCUGCAGGUUCGGCUCAACAACGUUCUGGACGACCUCAGCAGCACGUUUGGGAACAGCUUCCAGAGCCGCAUCACCGACUGCAUGCGACAGAUGGCGUCGCUGCUGUAUCAGAUCAAAGGACCGCUCAACGAAAACACCAAGAACCAGGUGGAGGCCGACUCGGACAACAUGCUGCGGCCGCUCAUGGACUUCCUGGAUGCGCAAUUAACGCUGUUCGCCACGGUGUGUGAGAAAACGGUGCUGAAGCGCGUCCUGAAGGAGCUGUGGAGGAUCGUGAUGACCAGCCUGGAGAAGAACAUCGUCCUGCCGCAGGGCAACGACACCUUCGGAGCACAGAUUCUUUCUGCUGCAAAAGAAUUGGGACACCUUUCCAAACUGAAGGAUCACAUGGCAGGAGACGCUAAAAGCCUGACGCCCAGGCAGUGUGCCGUCAUGGACGUGGCUCUGGAUACCAUCAAGCAAUACUUCCAUGCAGGCGGGAACGGCUUGAAGAAAGCCUUCCUGGAGAAGAGCGCUGAGCUUUCGUCGCUCCGCCACGCUCUGUCUCUCUACACCCAGACCACCGACACGCUCAUCAAAACCUUUGUGACCACGCAGCAUUCACAAGUGCACAAUGGGAAGGGUAUUAGGUUAACUCCUAAUGAGAAAGUCCAGCCCAGCAGGGGCUCCGGAGUGGACAAACCCAUCGGAGAGGUUUCCCUGCAGAUUGAGCUCUACACUCAUCCGAAGAGCGGAGAGCGGAAAGUUACACUCAAAGUGAUUGGAGCCAGCGAUCUGAAGUGGCAGACGUCUGGGAUGUUCAGACCCUUCGUGGAGGUCACACUGAUCGGGCCGCACCUGAGCGACAAGAAGCGCAGAUUUCAGACCAAAUCCAAGAACAACAGCUGGUCUCCCAAAUACAACGAGACCUUUCACUUCGUUCUGGGCAUCCAGGACGGCUUCGAGUGCUACGAGGUCCAAGCCUGCGUGAAGGACUACUGCUUCGGCCGCGCCGACCGGGUGGUGGGCCUGGCCGUGGUGCAGCUCAGGGACAUCAUGGAGAGGGGCAACUGCGCCUGCUGGUGCCCCCUGGGGCAGCGCAUCUCCAUGGACGACACGGGCCUGACCGCCAUGCGGAUCCUCUCCCAGCGCUCCAACGACGACGUCGCCAAGGAGUUCGUCCGGCUCAAGUCUGAAACCCGAUCAGUGGAGGAGGGAAGAUGAGACUCUGCUUGUUCCAGUGGGUCUGCUGUGACCUUUGACCUGCUGUGGAAAGCCUCACCAGCUCCCAGUGUUCUUCAGCUUCACAUGUUUAACCGUUUAAACUCUCAUCCGGCUCUGCUGAGGAGACAGAACCCAUCCAGAACCGGUCAAAGUGCCGAAUAAGAACCCACCCACCCCAAGUGUUCUUGUGCAAUAAAUCCAACCCACCCGUCCCAAAGUGAGGCCAAGAGGGUCAAGCCUUACACUCUGCAAGCUGUGAAUGUGUGUGUUCAUGUAAAAGGAAAGAAAUCCUGUUUUUAAUGACUGGAAGUCAAAUAUUUAUCUUCACUUAGCAGAAAAAUCACCGUUUAGUUUUAGUUUUCUAGUUUAGCAGGUACAUCUGGGCCUGCAGAAACAUUUUAUCCUCAUUUUCAAAUGGAAAAUGUUCGGAUUUAACUCAAAGCUUCAUUUCAUCCUCCGUCUGGAGGCCAUUUUUAUUUUUCUCCGUUUCCUGUACGCUGUGGCCAUUUUAUUUUUUAAGUAUAUUUAUUUCCCUCUUAAAGUUGGAUUUGAUGUGAUUUCUGCUCCAUUUUUCAGUUUUCUGGGUUUUGUUACAAACUGAGUUUACAUUUCUCUCCGUUUUUUGUUUUUCCUUCUGCUCUUCAUACGAGUGGCCUUAAUUAUAAAAAAGAUUUACUUUUUGUUGUUUAAUCUUUUCCCUUGUGAAAUUAUGAUUUGCAUUUUAUUUCCCCAGAUUGAUGUCAAAUUGCUGAAUUCCUUAAUAUUUUGUAUUUUUCAUUGUAAUUUAAUGUAAGCUGGUUUUUGUGGGAAUCUGUUGUGCUGAGUAUCAAAUCUAAUAUUUCUUUUGUUACCAGUUCUUUAUAUUUUCUGUAGACAAAGUGAUUUAUUUUGACGUCAUUUUGUCCCAGCAGCCUUUAAAUGGAGCCACAGAUCCAGCCUCCUCUUCCUCCUCUUCCUCACCUUCUCUGUUUUUGUUGAUGGGAGCAAAUAUUCCCCACAUCCUGGAGAAACACACUUUCCUCGUGCCAAGUUUUGUUUUCACUUUAGUUUUUUUUAUUUUGCACAUUUUUUACCUUUCAAACUAUAAAAUCACUGCAUUUCUCUGGAGUUUUCAUUUUAAUGUCACAUUAAAUCUGUUUCACUGUCGGCUUCACACUGACAACAUUUCUGCAUAAAGUAUUAAGACGUAUGUGUCUUUUUUUUCUCGCACUACAGAAUAAAGUCAUUUUCACAGUGAA